UCAGCUGCGCAGUGACCGCCGGCGGCGCCGCUGCUGCUCCGGGACCCGCCUCGCCUCUCCGCGACUCAGAUGUUGCUGCCAUGUGCAACACUUGCAUCCAGAGCAGACCAACAAUAAUCUUACUCAAGACAUUUUGGAAACAUUCAUCCCUCUGAUUGUAGAAACUUUCAGUGACUCUGCCACAAGACUAUCAGAGAUCUCCUCCUGCCACCGUGUGUCCACCCAAAGACUCCACUCGUCCACUGACACCUUCCUCUCACAGGACUGGUUAUACUAUUGGUUAAUUUACAAAUGUCUACCUCAAGAUUAAAAAAGCUCUCUCCAACACUACGACCCUAAGUGAGAUGCAAAAUGACUGCAACCAUUGACCGAGAUGACAGCAGUAUCUUUGAUGGGUUCAUGGAAGAGGAUGAAAAAGACAAAUUAAAACGUGUGUCCCGUAACAAGUCUGAAAAGAAACGCAGGGACCAGUUCAAUGUCCUCAUCAAGGAGCUGGGGACCAUGUUGCCAGGCAACACCCGCAAAAUGGACAAGUCCACUAUUUUGCAAAAAAGCAUCGUCUUUCUACACAAACACAAGGAAAUUGCUGCUCAGUCAGAGUCAACUGAGAUCAGACAAGACUGGAAACCUCCUUUUCUUAGUAAUGAAGAGUUCACUCAGCUGAUGUUGGAGGCGUUGGAUGGAUUUUUCCUUGCAAUUAUGACAGAUGGAAAUAUAAUAUAUGUCUCUGAGAGUGUGACGUCCCUCCUAGAACAUUUACCUUCUGAUCUUGUGGAUCAGAACCUGUUAAACUUCCUGCCAGCGGGGGAGCAUUCUGACGUCUACAAGGCUCUGUCUUCCCAUGGCCUGGAGGGGGACCCGGGAACGCCCGAGUUUCUAAAAACAAGAAAUCAGCUAGAGUUCUGUUGCCACAUGCUUCGAGGGACGAUCGACCCCAAAGAGCCUCCUGUGUACGAAUAUGUCAAGUUCAUUGGAAACUACAAGUCCCUGAAAAAUGUGCCUAACUGUAAUCAAAAUAGUUUUGAAGGGGUGAUCCAGCGAUCACUUCACUCUGCUUUUACGGACAGAGUCUGUCUCAUUGCAACUGUGAGGCUGGCCAAACCGCAGUUUAUCAAGGAGAUGUGCACUAUAGAGGAGCCUAAUGAGGAAUUCACCUCCAGACAUAGUUUAGAGUGGAAAUUUCUCUUCUUGGACCACAGAGCUCCACCCAUCAUAGGUUACCUCCCCUUUGAGGUCCUGGGCACCUCAGGAUAUGACUACUACCACGUCGAUGACCUGGAGACGCUGGCCAAAUGCCACGAACACUUAAUGCAGUAUGGCAAAGGAAAGUCGUGCUAUUACAGAUUCCUCACUAAAGGGCAGCAGUGGAUUUGGCUGCAGACCCGCUACUACAUCACUUACCACCAGUGGAACUCAAGACCAGAGUUUAUUGUCUGCACACACACUGUUGUGAGCUAUGCUGAAGUAAGAGCAGAGCAGCGGAGAGAGCUUGGAAUUGCAGAGUCACCGCCUGAAAUCACUGCUGACACGCAGUCCCAGAACUCAGGCUCUGAGAACCAACUCAACACCUGCAGCCUGAAAGACGCUUUAGAGCGCUUCAACCACAGUCGGACGCCCUCGGCCUCGUCUCGCAGCUCACGCAAGUCCUCUCUCACCACCGUAUCGGACCCGGCCUCAACACGGAUUAAAGUUCAAGGAGGUAGAAGCACACCGGGUCGACAGUCGUCCUUGGCCGUGGAGAUGACCCCACAACGGAGAUCAUCAGUGAGCAGUCAGCACUCGAUGAAUUCCCAAAACACUGGGAAGAACGUGGCACCUUCCAUGGUUUCACAGCUGCAACAACAGCAGCCUCAACAACAGCCACAACUUCAAACCCACCAAUUCAAUAGCCAGAUAGAGGCCAUGCAGCACCUGAAGGAGCAGCUGGAACAGAGGACCAGGAUUAUAGAGGCCAACAUCCAACAGCAGCACGAUGAGCUGCGGCAGAUUCAGCAGGAACUGCACAAGGUGCAGGGACAGAGUCUGCAGAUGUUCCUUCAUAAAGGAGCUGCAGGACUGAGUCCAGGCUCUGUUCUGAUGGCCCCGGGGAGUGCUGGACAGCAGGGAGGGACUCUGGGUAAGCAGGGCCAGGCAGUCCCUGCUGGUCCUCUGCAGAACAGCAUACAACAAAAACAACAACACGUUGUCCAUCCUCAGUCUCAGCAGCCAACACUCCUGAGGGAACAGAGUGCAGCACUCCCACAGCUCUGCUCUUUACAGUAUCAGAGGUCAGCUCUCACUCUGCAGCCCCAGCAAAGCCCCCUCCCAGCAUCUCUUUACAACACCAUGAUGAUUCCCCAGCAAAAUCCUGCUAAUGUGGUUCAAAUUGCCACGAGCCUGGCGCAGAACGCUGGAUCCAGUGCUCCUGCGGUGGGGACGUUUGCACAGGACCAUGCUGCCCAGCUAAGGUUUCCUACAGGUUCCCAGCUGCUGACUAAACUAGUCACGGGACAGAUGGCGUGUGGGGCAGUCAUGGUCCCCACAACCAUGUUUAUGGGUCAGGUGGUGACGGCCUUCUCCCCUCAGCAGGGCCAGACACAGACCAUCAGCCUCGCCCAACAGCCGCUGCAGCAGCAGCAGCAGCUGGAGCAGCAGGUACAGCCACAUUCACAGGCUGCAGCCUUGCAGGCGGGACAGAGUCCACUGACCCAGCAACCGCCACAGUUUCUACAGGCUCCUCAGCUCCUGCAUGGAAACCAGUCCACCCAGUUGAUCCUACAGGCAGCGUUUCCUCUGCAGCAGCAGAAUACUUUUGGUGCUGCAGCCCAGCAGCAGCAACUGUUACAACAGCAACAACAGAAACCACGACAGCAGCAACAAAAACUGGCCAUGCACAGAUCAAAAAGUUUGUCCGACGGCUCUGCUACACAGCCUCGAUAGAUGGCUCAGAAAUGGACCUGGCCAAACUCCGACGACGGUGUCGACGUGACGGGAGUCUUCACAGGAGAUCUGCAAUGAGACCGUGCCUCUGAAGCUGAGAAGUGAUUGGACGGGCAGAUCUUCCGCUGUUUGCACAGAGCCGCCGAUCAGAGUCCAGUGGAGGGUCCGGGCCUGAGCUCGCUGAGUUUUUGGCUGUAGGUUUUGACACUGGUUCAAAAUCUUCCCUCCAAGAAAAAGUCCCAACCCCUACAGCAGACUCCUCGUUCCUCCCUGGGCCUCUGAGGUUGUGUUCGGCGUGUAGGUGUGCACAUCCAAGUGUGCUUCAACCGCCAUCGCAGAACGAUGUCAUGCCCUCCACCAUGAUGAAUGAAGCCUGGAAGAAAUGAAGAUUCCACCUUCAUUUCAGAGACAGACAGAGGAUUUUAACGUGUUCUCUUAUUCUUGUCUUUUUGUGUAAAAGUAAAUAAAUUAUAAUAAUUACAGGUGAGAAAAUAUUUUUAAGAAUGUGAUAUAAAUUGAGAUUUUAUUGUACAAAAUAUCACUGUAAUAUAGUAUGUAAAUGUACAGAAACAGAAAGAAGUGAUAUUUUAUAUGAUGCAUGACAUGAAGUGCAGAGUCUGUUAUUUGCAGCUUUGACUUUUUUUUCAGGUAUUAUUAUGAAAAAAAAGAUCUUAAAAGGCUCAGUUGAUGUUUCCCAGCCUCCCUUCUUUCAGGAGGAUGUGUUCGUGUGUCUGCAUAGCAGACUGUUGAUUUCUGUUUGUUGGGUCACAGUUUUUAAUCCUUGACCCAUUUUUGUUCCCACAUAAAUUCUUAAAACUCAGACAAAUAUUUUGACGUAUUUUAAAGCUUUUAAAACGAUGUGCUGAAACCUCAUUACUAAACUAUAUGUCACAAAUUGUGAUCAACAAUGCAAUUUGCCAAUACAAUCAUUCAUAAUAUAUUUUCAUUCUUUGCAGCACUUUUGUCCUAAAGAUUCCUCCAUUUUUAAUCGACUUCCCAGAUGCUUUAUUCCACCCUCAUCCUUAAGAUUUAUAACCCUAAACUACAUAAAGAGUAGUAAUAAUCAAAUCAAAUGUUUUUUCUUUGGGUGAUCAUCCAACCCUUGCCUUGGAGAGGCUUCUGCUUGACAGAUGCUCGUUUCCUUCUCUAAACAUCUGGGAUUAUCACGAGAAGCCAUUGGUGUCUUUACAGGUGCACAUUCAGACAAUUCUUAUCCUUGUUCUCAGCUUCAUUGACACCAACACACGCAAACACGGGUUUUAACUCCCACUACUGCUUAAUUUUCUGCCUCUUCAGUGUUCAGCAGGCACAUGAGGGUUUUUCUGAAAACAGAGGUACGUCCUGUCCCUGGCUGGUGUCAGUAUUUUUGGAACAAGCCUUAAUUUGUAUGAUCAAGCUGAAGGAUGAUGCUGAGAUCAUCACUAAUAUUCUGCAGACACAAUGGUACCUAGAUUACUGCUCAGCAGCUUCUUCAUUGCUACAAAGUGAUGUCUGAUGAUACCUUCACAACUCAACACCUCUUGUGAACUUAAUAGUACCUGAUUAGCACUCGUCCUGCAGUGUCUGAUUCGCUCAGGUUGGAACCAGCGUCUCGUCUAACCUGCAGGUGGACUUGGAUGUCACUCAGAUCUUUGAAACACCAAAAAGUUGUCUUAACUAUUGAAGGGAAAUGCACAAUAUUGUCAUCCAGAGUUUGUUAAGGAGAUGAGGCCUAAAUGAAAAGACAACAGUGCAUGAUGUUAAAUGUUGUAUCUGGUUGGUGUGCACUUGAGAAAGUGAGUGCAUUUAACUGUUUGUUCUUGAUGUGAAGAUCUGUGUAGGAGGUUGUUUGGCUCUACAAAUGUAGUGCUACAGUGCUCAAUUGAAUAAACAACUCCAAAUUGGAGAGUAGUUAAGUUGUUUAAUUGCACAGACAGCCAAAUUUAAGGUGUGCUCUUAUCCAAUUACCACAGCACUUCUGUCGGGCUCAUGCAGAGAUGAGACGAUUUUCUGGCUUCUGAAAAUCCUCUACUGCCCCCUGCUGUUCAUCUAGGUUAACAGUUUUCACGUGUUUGUAUCAGUUCCUGUGUGGGUGCAGUUUUCUAAUCUGUAUUUCUCUGGAACUUCUUGUGAAAAUUUUAAAAGGUUCCUGCAACAACUGUGCACCCUUGCCUUUAUUUCUUGAGCCAAACCCUUUAUAAAAUUAAACAUUACCUUUUGUGACAUAUCAUUUUCUCCCCUCAUGAAAAAUAAAGCCAUAAAAUCUCUGCUGUUGACUC